GCCCGCCCUGCAGCGCGCACUCUGUUCCGCUCCGAGCCAGAUUCUGGAAGACGUCAUCCAAACACGCCAGCUGGUCGAGCCGGGAGGCCGCCGGCUCCCAGUCGCUGGGACGUGCUCGUGACACGUAGUUCUUGGAUAUAAAGUGACGUGAGUAACGCUCAUCACAAUCGAAGAAAGGAAUCCAAAAUGUCUUUUAGAAAAUAUUAUGAUACGAGUAAGUCCUCAACGUACGGACGCAGCCGAGAUUCGUCAGCUACUCGUGGGUCGACCACCACCAGCACCGACCGACCGACCUCGGUCACUGCUAAAUAUCUCAGUCCGACACCAUCCUACAAAUCCAGCAUACCUAUCCUUCGUGGUGAACGGUCAGCCAAAGAUGAAACACCCAUCUCAGCUAUCGCUAAUAAAUAUGCAAAUUAUGGAAAAAAAGAAAAAUCAACAUCAACCUACGAAAAAAAAGACUAUACCAAACUUACCGUUCCAGUAACCGGAAAAAGCAGAGAAACCAGUCCAGUUUCAACUUCUUCAAAAUACAAACAAUACUCUACUACCAAUGGCAAAAGCAGAGAUGUCAGUCCUGUGUCAAAGUCGAAGUACAGUAUGCCUAGCAUCAGCGGGAAAACUAGAGAUCUCAGCCCAGUCACAUCACUGUCAAAAUACAGUUACACUCGACCGUCAAGGCAUUUGAGUCCCGGCAGGCAGACGACCAAAACUUUAAAAGAUAAAAGCCCAGAAUCCAGUCCAGUAAAUCGAGACAAAGACAUUCCAAGCAAGACUGACAAGUUAUCAAGCUAUAACAGCUUGACUAGCUUGUACUCUAACAAGCAUCCUCGAACUUCAAGUUACAGCCGACCUGCUUCAAGAGCAGAAGUAAAGCCCGAUAUUACGAUAAACAGAUACGCGAUAGCCAAUAGGUUAUCUUCGAACUACUCCCCUACAAUUAAACUAUCUUCUGUAUCUCCUGUAAAUCAUAGUCCUACGUUAGAUAGUCCUAAAUUUGAGACUGAGAAGUCAGUAUCACCUUCAAUAUCAAUUAAAGAAGAAAAAGAAGAUAGCCCACAGAAAGAGAUUAGUUUAAAUAAUCAUAGUGAAGAGCAUUGUGAAAUUCAAAGUGCCGAAGGGACUGAAAUUGAGACAGAAACUGUAAUUGUCAUCACUCGUCAUACAUCGCCCACACCACCAGGUUCAUCAGCUUAUGUCCGGAGUAGAAGAGCGGAUAUGGCAAAAACCACAGAGAAAACUAUUACCCGUUCAAAAAAUAAACCAGAAAUGAUUGACAAAGAAAUACAAUCAGAUCGCUUAGAUGAUCCAACAAGAUCUAGUAGAUUCGGCAGUACUGCAAGAUCAAGUGUAACUAGUUGGUCACUUUAUCCCUCAAGUAGUUACACAGGCUACGCAGGAAGAUAUUCUACUAAAUACACAACAUCUAGGGACAAUUCUUCAGGUAACUCUUACAAUGAUAGAAACAGUCGAAGUACUAGCACAGAGCCACCAUCUAAAGAUAGUAUAAGUGGAACCCAUUCUCCAUCUGAACAUAGUAAAAGUAGUCCUAUAAUUAACAAUACCAUACCUGAAAAUAAUAAAGAAGUUUUUUAUUAUGAGGACAAGAAAGAUGAUGAUAGCAGUAAUAUGUCAGAAAUGAUAAUAAAUGUGAAUUUCACAUUAAAAAGCCCCAAAAUUCUUACAACAACAACAACUGAGUUAGUUUCCCCAGAAGUAACAAUUACUAACAGUCUUUUACCACCACAAGCCCCUAAACCCGAAGGUGUUGUAAAAACAAAAAAGAAGGUCCGAAAAUCAAGCACAGAUUCUUCUUCAGACUCGUCUUCGAAGAAAAAAGUUGUUAAGAAAAGGAGUAAAUCAGUUAGCUCCUCAGAUUCCGAACAGGUCAGUGAAGUAAGUGAGAAAAAAAGUGGUAAAAGUUCCUCAUCAGUUUCCCCAUCUAAAAACAUUAAUAAAGUUCCUUCAAGCAGUAGUUUAACGAAAUCUAAGCCAAAAUCUCGAGAAAGUAAUAGUCCAGAGUCAAGCAUGACGCAGUCUUCUAUGAGUGAAGAUGAAGCAAUGUCUCGAUCUAAAACUAUCGAUGUUUCUAGGACAUCUGCUGAUGAAACUUCACUGCCAACCGAUGUGUCUCAUAAGCAAUCUUCACCACAACCUCCACAAAGAAACGAUGAGGGCACUGAAGAAGCAAAGUCUUUCCUUAUACGAGCUUUGGGACCGGUCGCAACUUUGUUCAAAUUAAGACACCAAGAAAGUAAUGAAAAUAGUCAUUGGCCAGACAUUUCUAGCUCAGAUUCUACUGGGAAAGACGUUUCAAACAUUUUGACCGAAAGUGAUAAAUCGAGUAAAACCAAAAAUAUCAUUGCUUCCAAUGAUGAUGGAUCAGUUCAUCUGAAAAAAAUUAGACAUGUAGAAUCUGGUGAAAGAGCUUGGUGGUUAGAUAGUAGUUCCAAUAUACCAGAAGGAAUAGAAAGAUUAUCUCCGCCUCGCAAAUCAUCCAGUGAUAGCGACAAAAGCGAAAAGUAUAAUUUUUAUAAAGUGCGACAUAUAGAGUCAGGAGAAAAAGAUUGGUGGCUUACUAGUAAUAGUAAUGAAACUUCAUCUCUUAGCAAUAAUAAAGAGGUUCCAAAUAGUUUGAGUAAAUCAAAUAGUUUGAGUAAAUCAAAUAGUUUGAGUAAGUCAAAUAGUCUGAGUAAAUCAAACUCUGAUCAAAAGCGGUUUCCUUUGGGUCGGAUUCGGCAUAUAGAGUCUGGUGAAAGAGCGUGGUGGUUAUCAAGCGACAAAAACAUUCCAGAGGGUAUCGAAAAAUUGCCAACUCCCACUCCUCCAGAUGAGUCUGAUUCCUCUGACUCGGAAGAAGUGCAGGUAUAUAUCAGUCCAACGCACAUACCUCCAUUCCCAUUACAUCUACCAGACGACGAACCUUUGGGUGACAGAAGAAGUCCUGAAGGCUUGGAAACACCUAAAGAAAAUGAAGAUUUCAUAGGACGUCACUCACCAUACGAAAACAAUCAUCAAUAUCGUAGAAGAAAUAUGUACCAGAAAGGAAUGGAAAAAUACAUAUCGCGAUACACAGACAUCGAUGAUAUAUUGGGUACUUCGGGUCAAAUAUACAGUCCAUUUAUGGAUUCUAUUCUAGCCAGAAGGACAGGGAUGCCUUUUGAAGAGGAAUGCGAGGAAAUUGACCCAACGCAAGUCAGGAUACACGACAGCACCGCACAGAUGCCGGUCAUCACUAAACUUCGAGGAAGAAACGAGAUAGCUAACUACAGAAACGAAGAUGAGUUGGACGACGCGACCUUACAAAUUUUCAAGGAUGGUGACUACGGACCGUACCUUGACCUUGACUCAACGCUGGGUGAGCAGGAGGAAGAAAUCGAGGGUCUUCAGGACAAUCGCAAAAAUGCGCUCGUCUUGCGUACCCAGUUGCCCGUGCGGGUGCACGCUAUUAUUGAAAAACUGCUCCACAGUCAAGGACGUGAGCUGCGCAGAGCGCUCUUCUCUCUCAAGCAGAUCCUGCAAUCAGACAAAGAUCUGGUCCACGACUUUGUCGCCAAUAAAGGCCUGGACUGCCUCAUGCAAGUCGGGAACUUGGAUGAUCAAAAUUAUAUCGACUACAUACUUCGCGCGCUUGGUCAGAUCCUCCUCUAUGUAGACGGCAUGCAUGGAGUUAUGGGUCACAAGCGCUGCAUCCAAUGGCUAUACACAUUAAUAUGCAGCAAAUUUCGUCACGUCGUAAAAACUGCUCUCAAACUCCUCGUCGUUUUCGUCGAAUACACUGAUAAGAACUCCAUUCUUCUGAUUGAGGCCAUCAAUGUUGUCGACAGCUCCAAUGGCAGGUCCCCUUGGUAUAAUAUCAUGAAGAUCCUUCAAGACAUCGACGCAUCAGACACUGAACUCCUCAUCUACGCUACCACGCUUAUAAACAUUUGCCUAAACAACGUACCUGACCGGGACAUGUACUAUGAUCAGCUUGACGCGCUCCAGGAUCAAGGGAUGGAUGAGAUCAUACAGCUUUACAUGACAAAACAAGGGACCGAUUUGGAUCUUUUGAGGCAGUUACAAAUCUUUGAAGCUGUUUUACUUUUGGAGGAUGGAGAUGACAGUGGAACGGCAAUGAAGCAAUUGGAUGAGUCUAUAAUUAAUUCAGUGAGACGUCGGGGCUUGAACUUAAAUACAUCCGAAAGACGAAGGUCAAAGAAACGGAAUAUGAAAGACAAAGUGAAAGUCCCAGUCAUCGUACAUUCAGAACCCAAGCCUAAAAUCGCAAAUAACAAUCGCCCACAAUUCUUGCCAUCGAUCCUUGAUAAUAACAAAGAGAGUAAAGAACUAAGCACAGCGCUGAGAAGAAGGCGAGACAGAUACGCAAGACAGGCGCACCACAUCAUACAACAGCAGGAGCUUUUGAACAACUCCAACGGAAUAUACAACGGACUCUUUGGAAACACAAAUGGUGCUUAUAACUCGACAAAUGGAAACAUCACGUCAUCUAACACUAAUUACACAAAUGGAUCAUACAUCAAUACUCACAGUUACCAAAUUAUAAACGAAAGCAACGACCAUUAUUAUAAUGGAAACUGCAUAAAAGCUCACGAAGACGACGCUUACAUUAACAGAACAGUAAAGAACCUAAACUUAGCAGACGUAUUAAUCAAUGGAAAUCAAAGAUAUACAGCUGGUUUAAAACAAAGAAUACAAAAUGGGACUUUGGGACACAGUGUAACUGCAGUUGAUGCCUUAACAGUUAUAAGGCAAAAACAACUAGAUGCUACUCCUGAAAAAGAUGACCGGGGAAUUUUGCUGAACAGAGAACACAGCAUCAAAGAUUUAGCGCAAAGACUUACAAGCCCCGUUAGCCCUAGCAGUGAGGAAAAGCAACUACGUGUUGCUGAAAUGGCAGGAAUAGUAUCAAAAGCCAAAGAAGAAUUAGCUAAGUCACAGUCUAAGGAAGUAAUAAAAAGCCCAAGUGUAGAAAGGUCCCCUAAAGUCCACGAAAUAAAAAUAUCAGAAAAUGAACUUCACUGGGAGGAAUUAAGACAGGGGUGUCUCAAGCGUGAAUUUCAUUUGUGUGACUUAGAUUUUUCUGAUCUACGUCAAGACUCAGAUGAUGAAAUGUUAUCUCAAACUGUAAACGCUUCAAGUGGACCACCACCUCCUCCGCCUGGAAUGUUCCUCCCUUCUUGCAAUCCUCCUCCUCUGCCAGGCUUUCCUUCAAUACAGAGAAAUAAUGUUCCACCGCCACCUGCAUACUCUUCAGAACUGUCGAACGAUUCAGAUAGUUCAACAAUAAAGAAAAACAAGAAGACAGUAAAACUUUUCUGGCGGGAGAUUCAGGAGAAUCCUGCCCCACCCCCUAUUAGAUCAAAGAUCGGCGGUUUCAUCUGGGAUGAUCUUCCCGAAGUUCCGUUGGAUACAAAGGCGCUGGAACACUUAUUUGAAUCAAGGACGAACGACCUGAUAAUCAAAGAAAAGCUAAUGGAGCCCAAAAGAAAUUUAAUUCUGGACACAAAGCGGUCAAAUGCUAUUAACAUCGCUAUGAAGAAACUGCCAACUCCCCAAACUAUAAAAGCGGCCAUCAUGAAAAUGGAUGCCAACGUCAUUGGUCGGGAGGCCAUUGAGAAGUUGCUGACCAUGCUUCCUACCGAAGAAGAAAAAAUAAAGAUACAAGAGGCUCAGUAUGCAAAUCCCGACUUGCCCCUCGGUAGCGCGGAGCAGUUCCUGCUCACCUUAGCUUCCAUUAAUGAGCUGUCUUCAAGAUUGAAACUAUGGGUUUUCAAAUUGGAUUUUGAUUAUUCCGAAAAAGAAAUCGCAGAACCACUGAUGGAUCUAAAACAAGGCAUGGAACUGCUGAAAGUGAACAAAACAUUUAAAGUGAUCCUGGCAACUCUUCGGUCAGUCGGUAGUUUUCUCAAUGGGAAUCAAGUCAGGGGUUUCCGCCUAGAGUACUUGUCCAAAGUCAUGGAAGUCAAAGAUACUGUGCACAAACAUCCUUUACUUCACCACAUUUGUGAAAUGAUAAUAGAAAAAUUCCCGGAUACAACCGACUUUUUCAGUGAGGUGGGACCCGUGAUUCGCGCCUCUAAAGUGGACUUUGAGAUCCUUGCUACAAACCUGAAUAAAUUAGAGGCCGACUGUAAGGCUUCCUGGGACCACAUGAAGAGGAUUGCAAAGCACGAUGGGUCUCAAAUUUUCAAGACCAAAAUAAAUGAGUUUUUAACUGAUGCUGCAGAGAGAAUUAUUCUAUUAUCCGUUAUAAGAAAGAGGGUUAUGAGCAGGUAUAAUAAGUUCCUACUUUAUGUAGGCGUUCCCACUGCUGAUAUUGGGAAGACGAAAGCCUCUGAAUUUUUGAAGGUCAUAGCUGAAUUCGCAUUAGAAUACAGGACUACCAGGGAACGUGUUCUGCAGCAGUUAGAAAAGAGGGCAAACCACAGGGAGAGGAAUAAGACUAGGGGCAAGAUGAUUAUCGAUGUUGGCAACUAUUCAAACAAGAUAGACGAGAUUUCGGCAGACAGUGCAUUAAGGGAACUUCUCAGGACUGACCCGAGCGUUGACAGUUUAACGGAGGGCAGGCGCAGGGCUCAAAACAGGAGGGUGCCAGUAAAUGGUGAACUAAUAACGGCUGAUGACGAAAUCAUUGAGAGCUUGGUGAGAUCCGCCACAUCUAACAGGAAACCGAUGACUAGGGAGCGUAGGAGGAACAGGCUGUGCGAUCAAAAAGACUAUUUGAACAGGACAUUGGAUGGCCACCAGUGGCCUGGCCCGGAGGCCAGCAAUGGGUCAACAGCCGCUACGCAACAUAGAUAAACGAGUUAAAUUCGAAAAUAAGAAGUUAUAAUCAUUAGCAAUUUGAAUUUUUGAAUCUCAUGAAAAAACUGCAUUAUUGUUUCUUUUUAGUGUAUUGCUGUCUAUGAUAUUGAAGGAAGUAAUUUGUCUUUCAACUUAAUUAUGUGUCUCAUUAUAAAAAUUGGCGAGAUUGUUUCAUCGAAAAUUCUGUCUAAAUAUACCUACUUAUAAUUUUCUAGUCUCUGUUACUGGCAAGAUCUGGCUUCUAGACUGAUUGUUAUUUGUGCUAUUGGAUAAAUUUUAUUUAGGCAGUGCCAGUCCGUAGUCUAGUAAUCAGUGUGAGGAUUGACCGUGGAAAUGUUCAUGACGAUGCUUUCAGUACAGCCCAGUAGAAAACGGUAAAAAAAAAUCGAAAAUUGUAUAGAGCAAUGAGAGUACCUAGUCCAAAUAUGCAACUAUGAACGUCUUACAUGAUUUCACGCCGUCUGAAAUUAUGUGAAAAUAUAAAAACCUUAGGCUUUGUGUCAUUUUAUUAAAAAAACAUUUUUUCGGACUUACUUAGUUUUGUGUUUAUAGAAAGGCAAAUUAAAUGUACUACCUACAACUUUAGAUAAGCUAACUUUUUCCAAUAUGUACUAUUUUGAUUUGGACAUCAGCAAAUUAAAAAUGUACAAUUUCUAUAUCACACUAUGUUCUGUCUAGUAUUGCUACCAUCACCUACUUAGAUGCAAUUUAUAAGUAAAUUGUAAAAAAGAAAAAAAUUUGGGCUCAUACACUUUAUUUGAGAUUUGACACAUUUAAUUUAUAAAAUCUAUGUAAGUAACAAGCAUCAAUGACUUCUACAAUUAUCCGAUCAACGAAGCUUUUGUAAUCCGAAUAAUUGAUAGUUUUCAUCAUGUGCCAAGUUUCAUAGGCAGAGGAAUUAUUCGAAAGUCUCCAUACAAUGAAUCUCCUCGUUGAUCGGAAUAAAUAUUUAAGGUAUUUUAAGUAAGUAUUAUUUAUUUAAUGCAUGAAUUUAAUCUUAUGUUAAGGUGAUACUGUUUGAUUAAUAGCUGGUCUUUAGUUAAACUGUGUCAAAAGUGGUAACUAAACGAAUUUUAGAUAUUA